CUGAACACGCGCCGAGCAGCGGCCGCAGAGAGCAGCAGCAACCGGAGGAGACGCUCCGAAGAGCCGUCGGAGCAGCGCAGCGAGCCGCGGCACUUUUUCACGCAGCUUCCCGUCGGGGUCCGAGGGCAGGGGCUGGGCGGCGGGCUCCGGUCCAGAAGAAUGAGAGAGCCCUCUAACCGGAGGGGGCGCAAACAUGAACGGGGCCGUGUACAUUUCGUUCUUCCAGGGCCAGCUGGAGUCCGUGCUGGAGCAGGUCGUUCAGCUCGCCGUCCAGGAAAUCAGCAAGUCGGUCGGCUCCAGUCUCAACGCGCUGCUGCUGGAGACGGCCGUGAAGGAGCAAGAAAACCGCCGGCUGCGGCUCCAGCUGCAGGCGAAGGAGACCCGGGGCCGAGCCUCGGACGGAGGAGGCUCUCCGGUGUCCGGUAAGAAGCCUGGCAAAGCGGCGGGCGACGAGAGGGCGGACGGCGGCAGGACAAAGCCCCAGCAGCCGCAGCUCCACGCCCCCGGAGGGCAGGGCGCCGAGCCCGGUGGACCCACCGACACACGCCGACUAGAGCAGCGAGGACGAGUCGUGGACCAGCUGAAGUCUGUCAUGGAGCAGGUUCUGGACUUUGCGGUUCGUGAACUGACCAAGAUCGUGGAGGCUUCGUUCGACGACCUGCUGCUGGAGAUCACCAAGAUGGAGCGCGAGCAGCAGGCGCUGGAGGAGCGUCUGGACAAGGGCGCUGAACGAGGGGGCGGAGAGAAGGGCCGAGGGGGUGGAGCCUCCGGGAGGCGUCGGGGGUCGGAGAACGACUCGGUGUCGCCAAGCGGCUCGGAGGACACCCGGGAGGAGCUGAAUGAUGUCACCGUUUCCAAGGAGACGGCCGAGACAGAAGACCCGGCGCGUCCCCCGGUUCUGUCCGUCUCCCAGGACUGGGUUCCCAUCCUGGACAAGGUCUUCGGUCAGAAGUGGUGCAGUGAUGUCUGGCAGAUCAAGGAGCUGGGCGGAGAUGAUGGUGGGCGUGGCCUGGGAGAGGACGGAGCUCAGCCAGCGCAGCAUCUCUCCACCCCCUCGGUGACCCUGGAACCCUCCCCCUCCUCCCCCCAGCAGGAUCCCCGCUGGACGCCGCUGGAGGAUAUGGAGGUGUUUUCACCGGACGAAGACGACGCCCAGAGGAGCCACGCCUCCAACGCCACACCUGCAGCCCCACCUGAACCCCCCCUCAGCCCCACAGGUCGCUGCUCGUCAGCCUCCAUGCUUCAUCGCCUGCUGACUCUCCCGUCUCAGCUGCUGGAGGACGACGACGAAGCCGCCGCCGCCAAGGAAACGCUGGUUGCCCUGGCGACAGACGGCGCCAUCGAGCAGCGAGACGGCGUGGCGCUGCCGGAGCGACCAAUCAGGGAGGAGGAGGAGGACGAGGAUGAGGAAGACGAGGACGAGGAGGGGAAAGGCAGGAAGAAGAAGCGGCGCCGGGUUUGGUCUGAAUGUGAGGAGUGCGGUCGGCGAUUCAGCCGGAUGUCGCUGCUGAAGGCUCAUCGUCAGACUCACGGCGCCGACAUAUCAUCUCCGUCGUCACCGCCGACAGACUCCGCCUCCCCGCUGCGCUGCUCCGAGUGCGGCAAGAGGUUCUCCUCAGCGACCCGCCUCCACAGCCACAUCCGGACCCAGCACCCCGGCAGCCGGGCCUGAGCUGAACCUGGACCCGGCAGACCAACACAAGCUCAACAACAACCACACACCAGAUCUGAGCCGGACCAGAACCAGACUUGAGCCGGACCAGAACCAGACCUGAGCCGAACCAGAGCCCGAUCAGAGCCGCAGACCUGAACCUGCAGAUGAACAUUUGACGGUACCAGACGUGAGCAGCAGGUCUCAAACACUCUGAUCAGAACCGGUAUUGUAAACACUCCACAGAACCAUGUCACCUGGUCCAGGUUCUGUUGUGGAUCUGAUUCCACAAAAUCAAAUUCAUCAAGUCCAGAUGUUUUUCAAUACCCGGUUCCUCCAUCGGCUCGGAACCUUCAGAACCGGAUCUUCAAUAUUUAAAGUUGUUUGAGGUAAAAAGUUGAAACUAAACGGAUUCAUGAGGGAUUUAAUCAGAAAACAACUGAAUGGUGCAGAACCAGAACCUGAGAACUGGAUCUGAAAGUUUAACGGCAGCAAAUUUGAUUUAAUUUAAUUAACUGAUGAAAUUCUUCAUUCAGGCAAAAAGUUUUUCCUUGAGUCACUGAGCCAGGUUAGAACGUGAAUUUUAUUUUCUUUUAUUCAUUGACAAAUUGUUUUAUCUAACCCAAAACUCAAAGAAAUUCUUCUAAAUCAGAAAACUGCAUAUUCUCAUAUUUUUAUAAGUUACUAAGGUUUAUUUCUUUAAUUUCUACUUUUAUUUGUAAGAAAUGACCCAAAUAUCUGCAUGUUUUAACUGAAUUUAAUCAUAUUUAAAGUUUUAAUUGAUUAUCAGAGGAGUUGUGUUUAAACCAGCUCAAAGAAAUUCAUCAUUUAGUUCAGAAAACUGCAGAUUUUCACAUUUGAACAUUUCAAAUAAUGCCCCCCCCCCCAGUUUUCACUUUGUUCCACACAAAGCGAUGAAAAGCCGAAUAUUUUAGCAGGAUUUGAGAGUUCUGAGCUGAAACUCUGGAUUCUGCAAACAGUUUUUAACUCAAAGGAUUCAGUUUCUGAUCCGACGAAGAAAAGCAACAAACUCACAUCUGAAAAAACUGGAACCUUUUUGUUUCUUUUCUUGAAAUGAUUAUUGAUGUUUCUGAGCAGCUGUUUGGAGGAUCUGAUCAGGAUCAAACUGAAAGGAAAACGCACACGAGGUCCUUCUUCUUCUGCUCGUGGGAAGGUGAGCGAGGCGAAGCUCCGCCCACUGCAGGGGAAUUUUCUUUGCAAUAAGCUUGUCGCCGUGGCAGCCGGAUGCUUGGAGCUCCGCCUCCCACCUCCUGUAUUUGGACGUGUACAGAUGGACGAAUGGACAGUGGAUUUUGUACCCGUUUGGUUUUAAAGUGCCCUUUUAUGGUUCCACCUCCUUUUCUGUUGUGACUUCUGAUUCUCGUCAAGUGCAUUUCUGUGAUUUAUUGGACUUUUCUGGAGAAACACGAAGAACUUGUGCUUCAGUGGCAUCGUGAGUCUGAAUGUGAAUCUCGGCGGUUUUGUUUCCUUUUCGUUGUACAGUUUAAAGACGGUUCGCUCCUCUCCUUCCUCGGCGCUGGUACCUUGGCUCUAUGAAAGCUCAUUUCUGCCAGAAAGAGAACAGAAAAAAUAUCCAGAAAAACAACUUCAGUGGAUGAAAAAUAGAUCUAAAACAGGAUUAUGAUGAAUUAAGGCAGAAUUUUGACUUAUUAAAUCAAACAUGCUAGACAAAUUUGAUUUUAAAAAAUUAGGAUUGUUAGAUAAGUCAGAUUUUUGACUGAUUCAGUUAGAAUUAUGACAUAAAUCAAAAUUACAACUCAUUGAAUCAGGAUUCUGAGAUAUUCAGCCAGAAUUUUGACCUAAAAAUUAGGAUUUUUAGAUAGCAAGUCAGAAUCUUGGCUUAAGGAUUAUGACAUAAAUCUCAAUUACAACUCAUUAAAUCAGGAUUCUGCAACAUUAAGUCAGAAUUUUAACGCAUAAAACAGGAUUAUGAUGAGUUAAGUCAGAGUUGUGACUUAAAAAUUAGAAUCAUUAGAUCAGUCAGAGUUACAACAAUAAAUCAGAAUUCUGAUAUAUUAAGUUAGAAUGUUGACUUGAAGUCAGGGAUUAUUAGACAAGAAAUUAAAUUAUUGAAUUAUUAAAUCAGGAUUAUGAAUGGUCAGAAUCCUGAUUUUCAUUUUUUGUGUUCCAUAUAUUUCAGCAAUUUUGUUUUAUUUUUUUGGCAGAAAUAAUCUUCCAUACACCCACAACUAUGAAUGAGAAAUUAAACAAAGCACAAAAUAUUGAUGAUUUUCUUUAGUUCCCAGGUGACAGAUGUCUGUAAUCAAUAGGUGAUCAGAAACACAAAUAAUGUUGACAAGCAGAUUAUUUAAUCAGGGAACAUAAUUCAGAGGCUGUUAGAGAGCUUUAAUUUUUAUUAUUUUUAUUCAUAAAAUCCCUGCUGUUAUAUAGGAGCCCAUUUGUGCCUAAAGUAAAUCAAUUUGAUUAAAAAAAAUCUGUUUGAUUUACACAAAAAUUACAAUUAUUGUUAAAAACAAUGAGACUAUAGUGAUAUUAAUUUUAUCUGACUGUUUUUCACUGUUAAAAUAAUAAUUAUGGGAGCCUAUUCGUGCCAAAAAACUAACCCAUGUAAACAUUUUGAUAGAUUUCCGAAGAAACUCUUAACAAAACGAUCCUUCAACACUAUGAAAUUAUAAUAAUAUGCCAUUUUUUACUUGUAUUUCCCCUAAAUAUUUCUUUUUGUAUGGUUAAAAAUAACACUUCUGCGUACCAAUUGCUGCCAAAAAUAGAUUAAAUCUGAAAAUUUUGAGGUUUAUCGAUCAGAAAUUGAUAAACACAGAAAUUCUAACCAAAUUGUUUUUCCACACAGUAAUAUUAUAUUAAUAUUAUACCAGUUUUCUCACAAUACAGAUAAUACCCCCCCCACACACACCACACACACACACACACACACACAAAUUACAGUUUAGUACCUAAAAAUGUAUCCAUAUGGGAGCCCAUUCUUGCCAAAAACUGAUGAACUGAUAAAUUUUACACUAGUUUGCUCUUCGUAUGUCACAGUAGACCUUCAAUGUUUUUCCCUAAAUGACUUUUACUGACCCAUGAAGUCAGGAUUAUUAGAUAUUUGUCUCUUAGUGACUAUAUUGUACUUUAAAAUUAAUAUUCAUUCAGUCGCAUUUUUACUUAAUGUCCACAGUACACUUAAUUAUUUCAUUUCAGAUAUUUAAAUCACCAUAAAUUUUUCAUCACGGCUCCAUUAUUAUGAACUGAUGCUCUCUACUGGCCUCUAUGGAAGACUUUCAGCAUCUGAAAUGAAAAACACAAGUGUACCAUGCGAAGAGGACAGACUGCUCACUCUGGCUGCAGUUUGAUUGAAAUCAUUCCGACCUUUUCAUCUGGGUUGUUUUGUAGCAGGAGGAGAAGGAGGAAAAUGAUCAGAUAACGGAAAACAUUUCGGCGGUUUAUCCUGAUUCUCGUGUAUUUGUUGUCGUUUCUGCUCCGCGAAGCUUCAGCACGAACAAUCACCGUUUCCAUUGUUUUUAUGCUUUGUAAAUGUGCGAAAUGAACCUUUUUCUAGCGAGACGGUGAUUCUGUUUUUACUUGUCUGAACAAAAAAAAAAAAAGUUUGUCUCUUAAGCAAUAUGAAGGCCAAACUCUGCUGAGCGGCCGGAGUUUGAUGUGCAAGAAGAAGAAAAAGAAGCUCAGCUGUUGGUAAAUUAAGCAAAAAUAAACAUCAGGAGUGAGAAACUCGAGGCGGGUUUGGUGGCAGUGAAUCGAGAACCCGAAUCUCACUUUGGUUUGAUUAUCGACUGUUUGAUUUGCUGUCUUCGCCUCUGAACGCUGCUCGAAUGACUAAAGCUUCGCUAUCGUCUUAAUUACCAACCGCUUUUCUGCAAACGUUUGUCCGACUUGUUGCACUUUCAGCCUCCACUCGUGUUCACAUACCUCAUUUUUCAAGUGUUUUCUUUGCUUCUGUUUCCACACAGACCUCAUUACCUCAGAACAUGUACAGCGCUGAUGUUUGACCACAGUUCCAUGUAUGUUUUAAAGUAUCUCUUUCACUUUGGAUUUCACAUAAGAGCCUGAAGCUGUCGGGUAAAAACACAUAAUACAGUUUAAAAGGGUCUACAGAGUCCUGAAGGCGCCAAGAUUUUUAAUAUUUUUAAAUUCUUUUUUAACACAAGUGUCAUCCUUCAUAUUUAUUAAUCACAUAAUUUCCUUUAACGGGUUUAUUCGGCAUCGACACAAAGCUCUGAUGUACGGAAGUCCGCUGAUGCCACGUCAAAAAAUUUUAAUGAAAAAGAAAUUAUAAAAAUCUUCAUGGUUCAAAAAUAUUAUGAGAUAUUAAAGUUCGAAAAUGCAAAUAAAAACUUACAUGAGUACAAUUAUAAGCGUGCAAAUAAUUAAACCCAACAUACAGUGGUGGAAAAAUUUUUUCGGACACCCUUAAAAUUUUACACGAUCUCAAAUAUUUUCAUGAAAUAUUUAUGGAGAAAUCUUUUUUUGUGUUUCAUAAGAUGUGGCUGCAAUAGACAGACACAAAUACAAAUUAUUUUUUUAUUUGUUUACAAGAAAAACUAACAAAACUAAAUUCUACCAAAGUGACCCAAUACUCUUUUUUUUUUUGUUAAUGGAACCAAGCAAUUUUAACUUUUUAAUGGCUUUUUAAAGAAUUUGUUUAGUAUUAUGGCUUUGAUUGUGCUAAUAGAAAUUACACUUGAAGACCUAAGAGUCAUUCUUAAUGCGAUAUUUCACAAAUGUAUGGGGUGUCCAAAAACUCUUUUACACCACUGUAUUGAAAUGUUUUCGUAAAAGAACUAAAAAUUUUACUUAGUUGGGCCGAAAAAAUUGGGUGUUGUGUUUUUUAGAUAAAAUUUGAAUUGAUGCAGUUUCAUUUCAUAUUUUAUUAUUAAUGCUACAAUAUUAUUGUCUUUUUUGUGUGUUUUUUGACGUUAAGAAGAAAUAAAACAACCAAAAAAGAUACUAAUGAUGUACAAAAAAAUCAAGGGGGAUGAAUCAAAAUUAACGAAGCAGAAAAUAUAUAUAUAGUAGUUAAAAUGAUAAAGAAUGUUAAAGAAAUUAUGCUUUUUUCCAGGACUUCAGCAGCUCUUUGCACUGUAAACUGAAUAGUAAAUGAAUGCUGCUGCCGUCAGGUAAGCUCACCUGACGGCAGCAGCAUCAUGUGACCUGCUAACCAAUCACUGCUCCUCCUGUCCUUGUUUACAAAAGUCAUAACGAAGGGAAACGCAUCCGCUCGAAAAUCAACUAAAAGAGGGAAAAAAGCUUCACUGCAGAGUAGAAAUCAUUCAUUUUUAAAAUUCUGUUUACUGAAUAAAUUAUUGCAAAGUGUUUCCAUAAUGAGGCAAAACAUUUUAUGGAGUUUUCCUCCAAGUUUCAGUGCGAUUAUUAAAACAAAUGUUCAUGUCAGUGGUUUUGAUUUUAUAAAUUUAUGAAAAUGAUGAAGCAGGUUUUAGUUGAUUCCCAAAAUGGUAAUAUCGUCUAGUUAUGUCUUAUAAUUUUACCAAAUAUCUGAUAUUUAUAAGAAAAGAUCUCAAAACUGCACAUUUUAAUCAUACAAUUAUGAGUUCUUGUUAUAUGAAGAAAAACAGACAAGAUCUCAUGAUUUAGCAAAAAUAAUCUGCAAAAUAACUUUAUUAUACCAUAUUAUGAAUAUAAAACAUAUACAUGGUGUAGUAAUAUUUCAAGAUUUGUCGCACAAAUAUGAGAUUAAUGUGAUGAAUAGCAGAUCGGAGUCGUAAUUAUGUGAAAGAAGUUGUUCAUAUUUGAGAUGUUUUCCCAUAAUUGCAGUUCAUUAUGAUAAAAAAAAUUAUAUAAUUAAGAGAAAUCCUAAUUAUAAAAUAAGGCACGUGAUAAUUUAAUAGUUUUCUAAAUGUUUUAAGAUCUCAUCUUUGUGAAAUGAGGGCGUCAUUUCUCAGUUUUGCAAUGCACAUAUCCAAAAUUUCUCUGAAAAUUAAGACUUGCAAUUGUGUAAAAAUCUUGACAUUUAAAACUUUUGUCUGACAAAUACGACAUCUGAUCAUGUUUAUGAUAAUUUACAUUUCUUGUAAUUGUUAUAACUCGAGGAAAAUAGUGGAUUAUUGUUAGAAAAGUAUUUUAAAGAUAUCUUUUCUAGUAAAUAUAAAAUAUUAUGUUGUAAUUAUGUGAUAUGGAUACAGGAAGGGAUGUAAACUGAUGGUUAUGAGAAAAGAGAUAAUUUUGAAUAAAUGAUGAUGUAGGAGCUUCUAUCGUACUUGAGUGAUGCAGAAAAAUUAAUAGAUGUUUUCAAACUUUUGUAUUUAUAAGAUCUUUUUAUUCUCACACUGACAUGAACAUUUGAUUUCCUGUUGUCAGAACUUGUUGGGAUUUUCUUUUUAUUAACUUCUUAUUGUGUUGCUUUAAAAAUAAUUUCAUCCGGAUGCGUUUCUCUCCAACUUUGUUUUUAAGGAGGUCCACAGUCGUCGUUUUUCGUCUUUUUUUUGGCACUGAGACGCGUUCAGACGCCGUUCAUCAGAACAUAUCGCAGAACUCACCUUUGUUCCUGUGAGUUUUUAUCAUAUUUUUUGGCGGUUUCCUGAAAAGUGGCUGUGUGGUUCCCGCUUGGAGAGAAGACCAUGUUACGUACGUUCGGCUUUUUUGUUGAAAAGCUGCGAACAAGAGAACAAGAAGGGAGUCGGUUCUGCAGUAAAGAUUCAUCAGUCGGACCUCCGUAUUUAUCAGAAGUCCUGCAAGUUCCUUAAAGAGACUCUGAACUUAUCAGGGGUUCCUCAGGGAACGAUUCGAGGUCCUCUCAUUGUUUAAUGGAAAUGUGGGUAUGGGGGACAUGAAAGGGAUGUUUUAGUAUUUUUGAGAGUUGUACUGUUUAGUUAGCUUUAUUUUUAUUUGAAUAGUUGUACUUUGUGUGUAAUGAGACGAGGAAACUAAUCCUGGAGGUGUGUUUUUUUUAGUUUUAUACGUUAAGUAUCUCUUUGUACUCGGUGUCUGAUGCUGAUGAACUGACCUGCUCGUUUUCUCAUCUCAGUGUUUGGAUUUAAUGCAAUACUUUUGAUAAAAUGUGCCCUUUUUUUGUAAUUCAGCACUGAAAACCAAAUCUGACAGUUUGCUAUUUACUACCACGAUUCAAAAAAAGUGCUGGAUUUGAAGAGUCGGACAGUCGGGAUACGGAGGACAAAGUCAGCCAACAUGAAAAUUAACUCAAAAUUGAUGUGACCUUUGACUCUGUUGUGACCAAUGUCAGUUUUGAGUGAAUUCUUGCCAACAUGAACUUGUUGUGUUUGGCUGUUUUACUUGUGUUGAUCACAUCCGAAUGUCAUUUACGCCAAGUUCCACCUGUCAGCCAUGAUGAUGUAAUGGUGGUGACGGUUUGUUUUUUAUUAUUAUUUCUAUGACCUGUUUUAGUCGGGUACUUUUUAGUGUUAAAACUCCAACAAAACCAAUAAAUGUUCACAACUACCCAA